CGUCGAGAUGGGACGUCCAAGUUGAACGUGUUGAUAUCUGAAUCAACAGUUGAAAAAUAAUAUAAUUUGUAGUUUUUCUUUAUUUGUACACUAUGAGUAAAUAUCUAGCCCUGAAUUUUGUUUUUGGAGUGGUUGUGUUCUUCAUCGGAAUAUGUAAGGUGUUAUCAAUAGACCUAGAUGAUAGUCAAAUGUUGGAAGAACUGCUAAAUCCUCAAGAAAGUCAAUCAAUACAAGUCAGAGCACUGCGCCGGGAAUUGUUGAAAAAGGUUCAGGAAGCUUUAGAACGACUCGAGGACGAAGAAGAGUAUCAACGAGCUAAUGAGGCAUUAUCAAGGUGGAAUGCAAUACCGGAACAAAAAAGAAACUUGCAGUCAUUGGCAAGGGCCGGCUACAUUAAAACUCUUCCAGACGAAGAAGAUGAUUCUAACUACAAAAGAAGCAUUGCUAAUUUGGCAAAAAACGGGCAGCUCCCAAAGCGCCCAGACGAACAAAAGCGUGGUAUAGAGUCUUUAGCCAGAAAUGGAGACUUACGCUUAAGGAGGGAACUCCAAGGCCUACUGGAGAACCUCAACGAUAAAAGACACAUCGGUAGUUUGGCUCGCAGCUACGAUUUACCAUUUAACGGCAAAAGAUCCUUAAGCAGCUUGGCCAAGUCUGGAGAUCUGCUCAAGCAUGCGCAGUACAAACGAAGCCCAAACUCACAGGAAACAGUUGAAGCUGGAGCCUCUAAUACAAUUAGUAAACAAUCUCCAGACAAUCUCCAGCCAUUGUCGGAAGACAAAGGAGCGCCAUCGGGAGAAUCAAAGAGAGGAAAGAGAGAGGCUGCGGAUUAUUAUUAUGAAAACGGCAACGAAAAUUAUUCACCGGUCUAUCAAAACACGUACGAUUAUGACGACUUGAUCCAGGAUCUACAUGACGCUUAUCCAGAAGUAGGAAAACGGUUUUUGGGGUCGGUAGCAAAAUCCGGAUGGUUUCGUCCAUCUUCGUCGAUAAGCUCAAAGUACAUGACACCAGAAAAACGACACAUAGGUGCUUUAGCACGGUUAGGUUGGCUUCCGUCUUUUCGUCAUAUUAGAAGGUUUAACAGAUCCGGACGGUCUACGUCAUCAGACGAUACUUGCAGGGAGACUUCCUCAGAUGGGGAAACCGAAGUCAACAGUAACUCCGAAGACCCGUCGCUACUACUAGCAUCCAACAGACGAAUCAUCUAUCAAACGCCAAGUGAAAAUAAUUUUGUUAGGAGAGUUUUUUACCAUCCUCUAACGACCAAAUACUAACAAUUUUAACACCAAGUGAAUAGUUGGUAGAUUACAGAAAAACUUAUUAUUUUGAAAAUUUUAAGUAAAUUUAUAAACUAAAACUAAAAGUUUAUUGAUAACAUCUUCAUCUUCACUAAGACAAGGGAUUGGAUCCAAGUAGUUCCAAAUGGUUCUUCAUAGGUCGUCAUAAACAUUACAUUGAAAUUGUGGUAAUUAUAUGUUUUAAAAAUGUCUAUCUUCUAUCCUUUUGUACCUUUUCCAUUGUUUCCAACAGUUUUUCCAUACAAGAAUAAACUAUAAGCGGGAAUCAUAAAGUCAAAAUAAUGGUAACUCUUAUUUACAACAUCAAAAAUUCAAACAACAUUGAGCUGCAACUGUAACUUGGAAUUCUUUGACAUCAUAGAAAUGAGUCAAAUAGUUGCUAACAAAAUAUCCUAAGGUACCUAUUACCUAAUUGUUAUUUUGUUGCAUAUUCUUGUUUUCAUUGGUGUUUAACUAAUCAAUAUUGAAUUUAUCUGCCGAUUCAUCAUGAUUCAUGAUCAAUCAGCUAAUCGCGUCCACUUUUGAACAUAAGCCUACCUUAAUUUGUGUCCCAGAUGUUUCUAAGUGUCUGUUUGUUAUAUGGUACUAUUAUCGUCAAUAGAUAUAUUUCCGCUCAUUAUAAGAUUUGUUUUCUCAAAGUUUAUUUUUAAUCCUGCUCUCUCAGACAGACUUUUAAGCCAAUGUGUCAUAGAAAAUGUAUCUUGUAAGUUGUCUGUGAUUAAUACGUCAUCUGAAAACCUUAGAUGGUUUAAUCUUUCUCCAUCUAUAUUUAUGCCAUUGAAUGUUCUUAAAUAUUCAUUAGAGAGCCGCCGUGAACCAUUUAGGUGAAAUAUUGUCUCCUUGUCUUACUCCUGUUUCAAACUCUACAGAAUCAAAAGCCUACUUAAUCGAUAAAUGCAAGGACUAGUGGUAUAUUGUACUCGAUCCAUUUUUCAAUUAUUAUCUUUAGAAUAGGAAAAAGUGAAAGAAAUAAAAGAACAUUAAUGAAAUAAUGAUAUUUGUCAAAAUAUGAUGAUCCUCUGACGUAAUAUUACCUUAUUGUCGUAAAUCCAUUAUUACUGCUAAUAAAAAUGCUUGGAUUUAAUCCCUUGUGUCUAGUCUGUCUGUGGUAAGGUCAUUGGUUCCCCUUGCUUUUAUUUGCCAUUUUCCAGCAUUUUUUGGUAACUCUGGCAUUCGACAUUUAGCUUAUAUUUGAUUUGAACUUAUUUAUUACCAGACUUGUUUUAAAUAUAUCAUUUAUAUAUUAAAAAAAGAUAUAGCACAUGCUAAGAAGACCAAUAAUAAUUUAAGAUAAACACAAAAUUUAUUACAAUACUAUUUAAAAUUAAGCAGAUUUUGUGACUUAAAAAUUAAAAAUUCCUUUAAAAGAUAUAAAAAAACAUUUUGUUUAACCAGGAAAACUCGUCCAAAUUCAUAAUGUAAAGUUACAUAACAUGUGGUGAAUACUAAAAGCAACGGCCACCCAAGAAUAUCUAAUAUACUUACUAAAAGAACUGUAUAUCAACAACACAGCAAACGUAAGAGUCAACAACACAUACUUCAAUAUCUUCAAACCAAAAGCCGGCGUUCGUCAAGGAUGUGUUAUCUCCCCCACGGUAUUAAAUAUAUGUAUAGCGAAUAAAUCUACGACACUUUAGUACUAGUAUCAUCGACAGAUGAACUUGAAGAAAACAAAGAAAAUCAAGGUGAUGAUCAUUGACCGAACUAGAAAUAAUCGGCCUAAAAUACGAAACGUAGCAGGGUAGCAGGGUAUACGCCAUUUCAAUUACUUAGGCUCUUUUAUCGCAAAACAAUAGUUGACGCGAAGAAGAAAUACGUCGACGCCUUACUAUGGCCAGAUUAGUAACGAUCAAACUUACUAAAAUCUGGAAAGAUAGAGCCAUAACCAAAAACAACACCAAACUGCGCUUGGUACGGAGGUUAUCCUUCCUAUCGCUACCUAUGCUGCAGAAACUUGGACCAUCAAAAAGUUCGACUCACGACGUAUAAUGACCUUUAAAUGUGCAACAAUAGGCUUACCACAAUCAUCAACCAAAAUAUAUUGAGAUAUCUUGUGCACGUAGUCACAAUAAAAGAAGAUAUUACCACUGGUUCACAAGAAGGUCACCACACAAGAAGGUAAGCACCACCCGUUACUCUCUAUCUGAGGCAGCACACCACGCCUAGGAGAGAGAAUAAUGGAUAGCAACCAUACGUCGAAUACCAUAAUGUACCCAUAUUCUUAAGAAGGAUAAAGGACAGAGGAGGAAGACUUUGUGUUAACUAUAUCACAGUAUGUGUUAAGUGUAUAUUUUGAAACUUGGUUAACAACAUGAAAAUCAUAAAUUUGGACUGUAAAGUUGACUCAGAUCUUGUUUUAAAAUGAGCAUCCAGCAGUUAUGAACAUUUGGUAGCAGUUGAACAUAAGAUGUGUCAGCAUAUUUAAAAAAUUAUACAUACAUAUCAAGUACCUUGAGAUAAACCUUAACAAAAAUAAGUUCAAAUCAAAUUAAUUUUAACGAAAUUGUCUAAAACAUAUCUACAAUCCUAUCAUAUCAAAAAAUAUCUAUCAACUAUCACUUACAUUGCAGGAAAUAUGAAAAAACUUUGCCAACAGGAAUCACUAGCGUCUUUUCUUUUGGCAACGAUUUGGCAACAUUGUAUUUGUUGCAAAUGUUUGAAUCUCCGAGAUCAAUUACUCCAAUCAAGAAUAUCAUCAUCAUACAUAUAAGCGCUAAAUUAUAGUACUAGUUUAAGGCCAAUUUAUAUAUUUUAUUCCGUAUCAAAAUGUAGGACUUAGGCCCUUCGUCCACCUCCACAACACAACUACAACUCGACUGUGAUGCAACUUCCGCCACCAACGUGACUGAUUUGCAAUCAGUUAUGUUCAAGAUGUCGAGCAGUUCAGAUGACGAUGUCGUUGUAAUGGUAACAGGAAAAAUUAAAAGGAAACAAAAUCGGUGGACCCAUCCUUAAAUAGGAAACAUCAAAAAUAGACGAGUUUUUACAGCAGCGAAGGAAUUGGAGAAGGACGAGAAGAAGUUUCUCUGAACUAUAGAAGAAAUACUUUGCCAUACAUAGCAAAAAGGGAUACGAACUAUAGGAAAAGGGUCAGUGUAGAAGAAAAUUAUAAUUGUACAGGCAGGCACUGCGUUGCAGUGACGUUGGUAAGCGGACUUUGUACUUAAAGCACAUGUCCGACACCUAGUUGACCGUGUAGCAACUAUAACGUGACUAAAGUUGCAGCCGAGUUGCGGCGGUGGACGAAGAGCCUUAUAUGAUGAAAAUUUCAAAUGUGGGCUGGAUAUACAGAGUGUUUCAUAAAGUAUGUGUUGGAUUUUACUUGAAGAUUAUAUAGCAGACAAUUUCUUAGAGAUUAGUUAUGUUUCCCCUCGAGUAGUUAGUCAAAAUUUCGGUUACCAAAACCUUCUACUAUAGAACAAUAGACUGUUGUUUGAUACAAUGUUCCUGAUCAGUGAACAAUGACAAUAACUGUAGUUUCUUUGAAAAUGUUAAUGUGUCGGCAGUUGUACACCCAGACAUCGCGUCAUUAUCGCAAAACAGAUUAUUUUCCCCUUUUGUAAAUCUACAAACUUACAAAUCCUCACAUACAUUUGUUUCUUGUAUGUAUCGUACGUAAUGCUUUAGGAGCAGUCCUUUGGUAGGAACUGAUGCUGUUGAAACCAAAGCCUUAGACUAAUGUUUCAGUUCUCUCAAUUUUCUUACAAAAAAAGUCUUUCGGCUUACUUUGUAAAUGACGGUAAUGUUCAAAUGCUGUUUUAGAUUAUUAGAAGCAUACUUUCAUCUAUCAACACAUACAACGCUCCUGGGACAAUGCCGCGACGCACCCGCGCGUCACAACACAGUUUGGGAAGCCCUGAUUUAUAGUACCUAAGUAACGAUUUUACUAAUACAAAACAUCAGCUCAAGCGACUAAAACGAGGUAAUGACGUUAUAAAUGGCCAUGUAGUACAUAUUUUCUGUGAUGUACUAUCAUUUUUUAAUAUUCAAUUGUUAAUUUGUUAAAAAUAAGUGAAAUAUAACUAAACUGCAGCACAAUCUUUAGAUCGUACCAGCCUGUAUCUCUGUGACAUUUAAGUCCUAGUUAUUGAGCAAAAAAACAAUGUUAUGCUACAAACUCUAGGUAAAAUAAUAUCGAUACUCUAUGAGCCUCUCUGUAUAUUUUAUUCCGUGUCAAAACUUAGAACUUAAGAGGAUGAAAAUUUGGGCUGGAUAUAUUUAUGAAAACGAGCUGUGUGGGACAAUAUUAAAUGUUUGACUUUAAUUAAGACAAUAAAUGUUUAAAGUAGACAAUAACAAAUGAAUAUAUUAUAUAAAUAUACAUACCUAUGUUUACAAAAAUAAAGGCAUUCUUGCCAGUAUCUAUUUAGAGGUGGUAUUAUGUCGACGUAUAUUAAGUGUCAAUAAACUCAUGUAAUGAUA